UCACUCUCACUCUCUCUCUCUCUCUCUCUCUCUCUCUCAUUGAUGGAGCUCCAAAACCCUAGCAAUGGCGGCGGCGGCGGGGGGGAAGGAGGAGCCCUAGAAGACGAGGCCUUCUUCCUCGACGCGGCCCCCAACGAGGAUGAAGAGGAGGAGCAGGAGGAGGACUACGACGAGAGCUCCUGCUCCACCCCAUUCGUGAGCGCACCCUCGAGCCCCGGCAACGAACCCUCCUCCGCCAUGGGCUCCACGGUAGGGUUAUUCUACAGCGCCCCCACGAGCCCCGUCCACUUCGCCCUCGCCUCCUCCUUCCCCCUCGACUCCCCCUCCGAUUCCCCCACCUUCGCCGCCGAUUUCGAGUUCUCCGCGCGGUUCCCCGCCUCCGCCGCCGCCGGAUCCAUGUCCGCCGCCGACGAGCUCUUCCUCAACGGCCAGAUCCGCCCCAUGCGCCUCGCCUCCCACCUCCACCGCCCCCACGCGCUCCCCCCACUCCCCGAUCUCGACCCCGCCGGAGACGACGACGACGACGACGAGGAGGAGAUCGCGGGGCGGGGCCGGGAUCUGAAGCUCCGGAGCCGGUCGAUCCGUCGGAGGGCGCGGUCGCACUCCCCGCUCCGCAAUGCGCCGCUCCAUUGGGCGAUCGAGGACGGGGGAGGCCCCGAUCGGGACGAUCGGAGCGCCGGAGACCCCGAUCCGAAGCCGAUCGACGCGCCCGCGCCCUCCGCUCCCCCCGCCGCCGCAUCCCGAUCGUCCUCUUCCUCCUCAUCCGCCUCCUCCUCCUCCUCCUCCUCCUCUUCCUCCUCCUCGAGCAGGCGAUUGAAGAAGUGGAUCUUCCUCAAGGAGCUCCUCAACCGGAGCAAAAGCGAGGGGAGCGGCGGAUCCAAGGAGAGGUUCUGGAGCUCCAUCUCCUUCUCCACCUCCCCCUCCCCCUCCCCCUCCUCCUCCAAGGACCGAUCCAAACCUAAACCCCCGCCUCCUCCGGCGAAGACGAAGCCUAGAAACCCCAACCCUAGCCCUCCGCCGCCGAGGUCUCCGGCGAGCGGCGGCGGAGGGAGGCGGCGGCGGGGGUCGGCGCCGUCGCCGUCGCCGCACGAGAGGCUGUACGCGGCGAAUCGGGCCCACGCGGAGGAGAUGCGGCGGAGGACGUUCCUCCCCUAUCGCCAGGGCCUCCUCCUCGGGUGCCUAGGGUUCGCCCCCCGGAGCUACGGCGCCGUUAACGGCCUCGCCCGCGGUCUUAACGCCGUCAACGUCUCCUCCUCCUCCAGGUGAGGUGAGUCUCCGUCCCUCUUCUCCUCCGUUAACUCUCCAAACCAUUUCAAAAAAAAAAAAAAAAAAAAAAAAACAAAAAAUUUUAA